CAAGGGGAAACAACACAUCGGUGCUCUACAUCCGAGUGAAGUAGACACUAGAGAAACUCAUAGGGCGUGGUUCGAUUCUGAUUUGGUUGAUAGAUCAACUUGGCGAGGGCAUCCGGCCAAGAUGCCUGGCAAUCGUGGUGGGCGUAGGCGAAAGGCGGGCCGUCGAGCACGCGACAAUGAGUUGGACAUACCACAAAGCAACUCUGAUGGACAUGAUGGCGCUGAGGGAUCACAACCCAAGAGGCGCCUACAGAGGCUCAACCCCCAGCAAACUCAAGUACUUGAAGGGUUUUUCAGCAUAUGUGCACACCCUGAUGAAAAUCAAAGGAUGGGGUUGAGCGAGUCGACGGGACUUUCGAUGCAGCAAGUCAAGUUUUGGUUUCAAAACAAGAGGACAUACAUGAAGCAUCUGACUGGAAAAGAAGAGAGCUAUAGGAUGAAAGCGCAGAAUGAGAUGCUGAGGGAGGAAAACAAGAGGCUUGCAUCGGCAGCUAAGGCUUCAUUUUGCCCCUCCUGCGUUGCUUUACCAGGACAGAAUCCCUCUGUAGAGGUGCAAAGGCUGAAGGAGGAAAAUGAGUCGCUGAGGCAACAGGUAUCACAGUUGCGUGCUGAAGCACAUCAACUUGACCCAUCCACAGUAAAUAUCAUUGGAAGAGAAAAUGACAUAGAUGCGAUUGCUGAACUGGUUCAAAAUGCAAUGCACGAGUUUGUCGUUUUGUCCGAAUCCGGUGGACCUCUGUGGAUGCCUGUCCCUGGUGGUUCCCUUGACUUGCUGAACAAGGUGGUUUAUGCUCAAACCUUUGGCGCAAGAAGCAGUGCAAAUGCCAUAGGAUUCAGGGUCGAGGCUACUCGUGCUGAUGGUAUGGUCAUGAUGGAGGCCAAACAGAUUGUGGACUAUAUCAUGGAUUCUGAGUGCUAUACAUCUUUCUGUCCUGGAACUCUGACUAGUGCAAAAACCACCAAGAUUUACAAGUGGCCUACUAAUGCAGGCUACAAUGGGGCCAUGCAUUUGAUGACCGCCGAGACGGUGUUCCCAUCACCCCUGGUGCCAUCUAGGAAAUGCACAUUCGUGAGGUGCUGCAGGGGGAUGCAAAAUGGGACAGUGAUCAUCGUUGACGUGUCUUUGGACAACGGUGACGGCACCUUCUUCAAAUGCCGCAAAAUGCCAUCAGGCCUACUAAUUCGGAGCCUGAACUCCGACGCCAGCCAGGUCACUGUCAUAGAGCAUGUUCAAGUAAAUGAUGCUGGUGUUCACGAGCUCUACCGCCCAACCUUGAGCGGGCUCAUGUUCGGAGCUAGGCGCUGGUUGUCGAGCAUUGAACGACAGAGCGCACGCAUGAGAGACCUCUUCCUUUUAACCCAAAGCACCUCGGCCGCCAACAUGAAUGGGAGGAAGACCCUCAUGAAGAUAGCGGACGACCUGCUCGCGGGCUACGCCAAUGGCAUCGCCGCUGUCCCUGGGGGCGGAUGGACCAUUCUGCGUGGCGCUGGCACAGAAGAUGACAUCAGGGUCACCUACAGGAGGAAAGAUGACGACGACGACACCGCCGUCGUGUCCGUGUGCGCGGCCUUCCGUCUGCCCUUGCCGCUCAGGAUGGCGUUUGAUCUGCUCAGGAACAUCCAGUUGCGCCCAAAGUGGGAUGUGCUGGUGAACGGUAAUUCCGUGAGGGAGGAAGUCGCUGUUUGCAAAGGCGUAGGAGGAUUUGAUGAUGUUGUCUCCAUACUGCAUAUCAAGCACAACGCGGAGAACAACGAAAACAUCAUGAUCCUCCAGAACAGCGGCUACGACGUGUCGGGCGCGUUCAUGAUCUACUGCCCUGUCGACAUCCAACUGAUGAACGAGAUCAUGAGCCCUAGUGACAUGGGGGAGAGCAACAAGGUGUCUCUCUACCCCACCGGCUUCUCCCUCCUCCCCGUCGACGACUCUGCCCUUGGCCUCGGCGAGGGUGGAGCAACUCUUGUGACCGCGGGGUACCAGAUUCUGCUCAAGCUCGCUCGUGGCACCGGCCUGUAUCCUAGGUCCGUGUCCACGGCCGUCAGUCUGAUGACUGAAAACAUUGCCACCAUCAAGAAGACUCUGACCAACAGCCACCCCAUCUUCUAUAAGAAAAGGCAGUCCCCCAACAAUCUCGGCUAAAAUGUACCCAGGGGCAGAAAGGGGAGAAGCGGUCGAUGCUGGUGGAAGUCUGUCAAACUGCAUUUCGAUCUCCUGGCGUUACUGCAAUAUACCCCCUCCGUUUCAUAAUAAGUGUUGUGGUCUUAGUUCAAAGUUGAACUAAAACCACAACACUUACUCUGGAACAGACGGAGUAUAUUGUUAUAUUUACUUUACUACUUGCGAUUUUCUAUUUACAAUAAGAACCUGUAAUAAUGGAUUAAGUACUAGACAUGUCUUUAUCAAGAAAAGAACCCGGCCUAUAUAUGGUCAGGUUUGCUUUACUCUUUGUGAGUUUCAGCUUAUAUUAAAAACUUGUUGUAAUAAUUGUUCAAGAACUAGACCAGUUGUUGUUGAUGAUGAUGUUGUUGUUGUUAUGCUAUACUCUUAUAAUAAAAUUUGUUGUAAUAAUGUGUUCA